CCUUGCUGUUCCUCCAGCCUGACUUCAGACCCACAGGACACCAGACAGACUGAGUGUCACCGCGCUUCAUAACCUGACACAAUGCUGUCACGAACUGUGUUUUUACCCCUGCUCUGGGCAUUGGUUACUGUGUCCUUCACCUUCCCCAUCACUGGUGAAAAAGACAACGAUGAGAGAGCUGCAGCCUUGCUGGAGUACCUGAAUGGUGCCGUUGAUAGUGCAAACCCAACUGGCCUUGCAGUAGGAGGAAAUGCUGAAGGACCAACUGGUGGAGAUGACUUUGCAGACCAGGGGACAGAUGGAGACAGCUUGGAGAUGACCGGUCUGCCAGACCUUCUGGAUGCUGCAGAUUCAGCUGAUGCAGAUGGGAUGCCACUGGAAAUGGAUAUUACAGAUCCUGCUGCCAGUGACAGUGUUGAAGAUGAAGAUGCCGCUGAAACAGACUCAGAUGAUUCGUCUGAGGAGUCAGAGGUUGAGGAGGACGUUGAUUCACAAGGGAAAGACAGCGACAAGGACUUAGAGAUGGACCCAGAUGAUGCAGACAUGGAGACAGAUAACAGCGACAGUGACCAGGAGAUUGAGGCAGAUCAAGACACAGACAGUGACAAGGCCCUGGAAGCCGCGGUGGCGGGUGAAAGCCAGCAGGACUCUGAGGAUGACAGUGAGAGCGAAGCAGACAGCCAGGAACAGGAAGUGGAGACCGAUGAGGGGAGCAAAGACAGCGAUGAAGACCAAGAUGCAGCUGAGCAGGAUGACACAGCGGAUGGAGAUAGUGAUGAGGAUGAGGUGAGGGAGCAGGAGGAGGCAGGGGGAGAUGAAGGGCAACAGGCUGAGUCUGUGGAGAGCGUAGAGGAGGGUGGUCCUGUGGUCACCCAAGUCCCAGAGGUGGAGCCAAGUAAACUCGGAGACAAGAGUGUGUCCUCUCAGGCCGCAGACUCCUCUGAGAGCAAGGAGGACAGCAAGGAUGUCAGCAAGGAUGACAGCAAGGAGGACAGCAAGGAGGAUAGCAAGGAUGUCAGCAUGGAUGACAGCAAGGAGGACAGCAAGGAGGAUAGCAAGGAUGUCAGCAUGGAUGUCAGCAUGGAUGACAGCAAGGAUGACAGCAAGGAUGACAGCAAGGAUGACAGUGAGGAGGACAGCAAGGAGGACAGCAAGGAUGACAGCAAGGAUGUCAGCAUGGAUGAGAGCGAAGUUGCUGUUGAAGCUCAGAGUGAUUCUAGUGAAGAGAGUGAUGUCCCAGACCAGAACCAGGACCAGGACAAUAAUGAUAGUCAGGAGAGUGAUGUCCCAGACCAGAACCAGGACCAGGACAAUAAUGAUAGUCAGGAGAGUGAUGUCCCAGACCAGAACCAGGACCAGGACAAUAAUGAUAGUCAGGAGAGUGAUGUCCCAGACCAGAACCAGGACCAGGACAGCAAUGACAGUCAGGAGAGUGAUGUCCCAGACCAGAACCAGGACCAGGACAGCAAUGAUAGUCAGGAGAGUGAUGUCCCAGACCAGAACCAGGACCAGGACAGCAAUGACAGUCAGGAGAGUGAUGUCCCAGACCAGAAACAGGACCAGGACAGCAAUGAAAGUCCAGAGAGUGAUGUCCCAGACCAGAGCCAGGACCAGGACAGCAAUGAAAGUCCAGAGAAGGAUGUGUCAGACCAGGACAGGGACAGCAAUGAUAGUCAAAAGAGUGAUGUCCCAGACCAGGACCAGGACCAGGACAGCAAUGACAGUCAAGAGAGUGAUGUCCCAGACCAGAACCAGGACCAGGACAGCAAUGAAAGUCCAGAGAAGGAUGUGUCAGACCAGGACAGGGACAGCAAUGAUAGUCAAGACAGUGAUGUCCCAGACCAGGACCAGGACCAGGACAGCAAUGACAGUCAAGACCAAGAUGUCCCAGACCAGAACCAGGACAGCAAUUCCCAAUCAGAGGAUACCAGUGUAGACAAGCUGUCUGAAGAGACGGACACUGACGACGCCAGCGAGAAGGGAGACAGUUUGGCAUCUGACCCUGAACUUGAAGCAGACCUGGAGCCACCAGAGGACACAGACUCAAACGCAGAUGAAGAUGACCACCUUGAGGAGACUGCUCCAGAUUCAGACGAGAUGGUGAAGUCAGACGAUCUGGAUGACACAGACAUGGUAUCUGAUGAGUUGGUUCAGUCAGAUGAGCAGGAUGAGCUGGACAUGUUAUCUGAUGAGCUCUCAGCCACACCUGACCCACUGGACCCACUUGACCAGCUGGACCAACUGGACCAUCCAGAUGAUAUGGUUCAGGCCGCGAGGCAUGUUGCAGGCUCUGAUGCUGCCAUGUUCACCCAGUCUUAGCGCUAUGGGAGGAGUCCACUGGGACAUCAGUUUUCAAUAGAGCCAUCAUGGUGAUGCCCAUCAAGGAAGACCCUGUCCCGCGGCCACAGUAACAAAUCGCGUCAAAACGUCACAUGUCAUGUGUUUUUAAAGUUUCCUAACCCUGCAUUUCCUUGAAGGUUGAGGGUGUCUGUCUAGGGCUGUGGGGCUCAGAUUAAAUUAUUUCCUCUAUUUGAUGUAAAUUAAUUUCUACCCACUUGUUUCUCAAGGCUAGUUUAAUGUUUGAUGAUGAAGAAUAUGUCGGUUAUCCAUAUUGCUCAUCUCGUCAGCCGUGUUCUGAUGUCCUGCUUGUCAGCUUUGCAUUGAUCAUCCACCAGAACCCUGGAGAUAGCAUUCAGAUACUGUUAGCUUUGCGAAAGUCUUGAAGGUUUUAGGUUUCAACUGUCUCUUUUGCUGUUGUGUGACAUAGUACUUUUUCUGUUCUUAGCUGGCACUUUGUCCUUUUAACAGCUGCUACCCUGACUAUAAUUCCACUGACUCUCAGAUCAUCAUUGGUUAAGUUAUGAUAAACAUAAUACGAUGUACAUACAUUACAUUCUAGGUUAUGACAAUUCUCCUGCCUGUCUUGGACUUACAAACGGAAAUUUAUAGAAAAAAUAAAGAUUGCAUUUGGUGGAUCAAAGGUGAAAUAACAAUUGCAUGAACAUAAUGCUAAAACACUUUAUUUUCAAUGUACGCUUUAAAACACAAUAAAGAUUUGAGUUGUCAGAUUAAC